GUGAAACUUAAAGCAGGGCCUUCAGGAAGCAUGAGGAAGCUAAAAUGACUGAGGUUUAAGAAAAGAAGUCCUGAGAACUGUUCAUGUCUUUGCUUCUGCUUCUCCACCCUCCAACACCGACACCAGCUGGCUCUUAUUUCUUCCCUGUGUUCAGGAUAUGACAAAGUGAUAUCAACACGACCCGACAGCCCGUCACACCAGAGGUUGGCAUCUUUUUAGUCGGUUGUGGAAAGUCAUUUCUUCUGCAAUGGUCUCUGCGAGGCUGUUGGUGCUGUUUCUUUUCAGUGUGUUACUGGUUGGGUCUCAGCCCACCCAGAGUUCACAGCGGGUUUCAAACCCCCCUCAUCCUGCAGGGGAACCAUCUGUCGGCACUGAUAACCUAUCCUUCCCCUGGAGUCGUCUUCGCCUACCAAAGUACAUCAUUCCUCUUCACUAUCACCUCCUCCUGCACCCCAACCUCACAAGUCUAAGUUUCACUGGUUCAGUGCAGAUUCAGAUUGAUGUCCAGAACAAUACAAACUGGGUUGUAUUACACAGCAAGGGUCUUCAGAUCUCCAAAGCCACCAUAUUAGACCAGAACCUCACGCAUCUGUCUGAACAGGUCCUUCCAGUUCUUCAUAACCCUUCCCAUGAGCAGAUUGGCAUUUUCUCUCCCAGAGUGCUCAGCAGUGGGCAGAAGUAUUUCCUAUAUAUUGAGUUUGGAGCAGACCUUGUGGAAGGUUUCUAUGGCUUCUAUAAGAGCACCUACAGAACUAGUGCAGGAGAGACCAGAACCUUGGCUUCAACUCACUUUGAGCCCACAAGUGCUCGAAUGGCAUUCCCCUGUUUUGAUGAGCCAAGCUUUAAAGCCAAUUUCACUGUAUGGAUUAGGAGAAGUCCCGAGUAUAUUUCUCUGUCCAACAUGCCUGUAGUUAAAACAGUUGAAGUAAAUGACGGGUUGCUUGAGGAUCAAUUUGCUCCAAGUGUAAAGAUGAGUACUUACCUCCUGGCAUUUGUCAUCUGUGACUUUAAGUCUGUCACUGGAACUACAUCCUCUGGGGUGCAGGUUUCCAUCUAUGCAGCCCCUGAGAAGUGGCAGCAAACCCACUAUGCCCUGGAGGUUGCUAUUAAAAUGCUAGACUUUUAUGAGGAGUAUUUCAACAUUCGCUAUCCUUUACCCAAACAAGAUCUGAUAGCCAUUCCAGACUUCCAGUCCGGUGCUAUGGAGAACUGGGGUCUGACCACCUACAGAGAGACCAGCCUUCUCUACGACCCCCUCACAUCCUCUGUUUCUGAUAAACUCUGGGUAACAAUGGUCAUUGGCCAUGAGCUUGCCCAUCAGUGGUUUGGCAACCUGGUGACCAUGGAGUGGUGGAAUGACAUCUGGCUGAAUGAAGGAUUUGCCAGAUACAUGGAGUACAUUUCAGUGGAGGCCACCUACCCUGACCUCAAAGUGGAGGAAUAUCUGCUGCACACCUGCUUUGCAGCAGUUGGUCAUGAUUCGUUGAACUCCUCUCGGCCAAUAUCCAGCCCAGCUGAGAACCCCACUCAAAUCAAAGAGAUGUUUGACACAGUCUCAUAUGAUAAAGGUGCUUGUGUCCUGCACAUGCUGCGGCACUUUCUGACAGAUGACGUGUUUCAGAGAGGGAUCGUGCGAUACCUCCGCAAGUACAGCUACAAAAAUGCACACAAUCAGGAUCUGUGGGACAGUCUAUCCAAUACAUGCUCAGAGGAGGACUUCAUGUCAGGGAAACACUGUUACAGCAGUAGCCAGGCCACCAAGAAUGCAUACCUGUUUGCUGGGGAACAUCUGAACCUAACAGCCAUGAUGAACACUUGGACGUUGCAGAAAGGUAUUCCUCUGGUAACUGUGACAAGGAAGGGGCCUCGUCUGCUGCUUAGACAGGACAGAUUCCUGAGGACAGUGCUGCCUUCGGACCCUCUGUGGUCCACCGUGCAGCAGGGUUUCCUUUGGCAUAUUCCUCUGACAUACAAGACAGAUGCUUCCAGCACCAUCCACAGACACCUGAUGACAUCACCCACAGACAGCAUACACAUAGGAGAGGAAGCCAACUGGGUGAAGUUAAACUCCGACAUGACCGGCUAUUACGUGGUUCAUUAUGAGGAUGGUGGGUGGGAACUGAUGACUAAACUGCUGAGGGAAAACCACACUGCUCUGAGUUACCAAGACAGGACUCACUUGAUACACAAUGCCUUUCAACUAGUCACGGCAGGUCAUCUGCCGCUCAAUAAAGCCUUAGACUUAAUCGGUUAUCUGCUACUGGAAACACACACAGUGCCGCUCCUCCAAGGACUGGGAUACCUAGAAGCUUUUUACCAUCUGAUUGAGAAAAGGGAUGAGGCUGAUUUAACACACAACCUGGGGGCGUACAUCCUGCGAUUUCUCCGUGCCGUCAUUGACCAGCAGACCUGGAGUGACAGCGGCACUGUGUCAGAGCGACGGCUUAGGACAGAGGUCCUGUCACUGGCUUGUCACCUGGAUGACCCUCCCUGUGUGAAGCGGGCACAUCAGCACUUCAGCGACUGGCUCCAGUCCAACGGAACACUCAACCUGCCUACUGAUGUGGCAGAGACUGUGUAUUCGGUUGGAGCUCAGGAUGACCACGGCUGGGCCUCGCUCUUACACACGUACAAAAUUUCCCUCUCUGAGGCACAAAAACACAAGAUCCUGUUUGCUUUGACCAGCAGCAAAGACACCAACAAACUGGAAGGCCUGCUGGAGCUGGGUCUGGAGGGGAAGGUGAUUCGAUCUCAGGACCUGUCUACCCUAAUACUGAUGGUUGCCAGAAAUCCACGAGGACAUUACCUUGCAUGGAACUUUGUGAAAAAGAACUGGGACACACUGGUUCAAAAGUUCCAGCUGGGCUCAUUUUGUAUUAGAAACAUCAUCAUUGGCACCACAAGCCGCUUUUCUUCUCCAGAGGAACUGACUGAUGUGCAGUUAUUCUUUGAGUCAAUCAAAGAGCAGGCUUCUCAACUGAGAGCUACUCAGAUUGCCCUGGACAAUGUGCAGAAAAAUGUCCGCUGGAUUCAGAGGAACCUGGAGACGCUGAGGAAAUGGCUGAAUGAGCAGAUGCAAUGAAAGACAGCAGGGACAAAGGGGGUGGAUUUCCACAGAGGGACUAUUUGUUUUUUAAUUUGUUUUUUAUUCUGAAAUUUAAAUACUUGACAUCAUUGAAGGGUUGACAGACUUGUAAAUACAAAAAAAAAAAAAAAAAAUGUACAUUUUCAGGGGAUUCAUUAAUUAAAACAAGGAGGAAAAAUUACUGGCAGCUAAGUGGUGGUGGUGUGUAUAAGAAUCAGUUUUGUGUUGUGUUUAGUGUGUGUGAAACAGAGAGAUCCAUUCCAAACAGGCGCACAAACACUGUGUAAAUGAACUCUUUGCUAUCGGGGUGGAGCCAAGGGGUGGUCAGGGGUACCAUGUACUAAAGUCUGGCCAUUCACAGCAACCAGUGAUGAAGUCAUUAGGGAGCUACACGUGUACUCAGAAUUC